AUGGGGGCGAGGGGCGCGCGAGUGGCCCUGUGCGGUGUCGCGCUGCUCUGGGCACUGGGCCUGGGCCAGCGCCCCCUCGGCGAUCUGAGAUGCAGCCCUGGCCAAGUUCUGCAUGGGACGGGGACACAGGCACGCUGCUGCCGCUGCGCCCCAGAUGAGGGGACCUGUCCUGAGCCAGACUGUCAGUGUAUCCAACCCGAGUUCCACUGUGGAGACCCACAGUGUAAGAGCUGCCAGUACCACUCCUGUCCUCCUGGCCAGGGAGUGCAACCUGAAGGCAACUUCAAAUUCGGCUUUGAGUGUGUUGACUGUGCCGUGGGGACCUUCUCUGGGGGCCAUGAGGGCCGCUGCAAACCUUGGGCAGACUGCGUCCAGCUUGGAUUUCCCACCCUGUUCCCCGGGAACAAGACGCACAAUGCUGUGUGCAGCCUGGGGCUGCCGCCCACUGAACCACCCAGCCUGCUGACCAUCAUCAUCCUUGCCCUGGCUGCCUGCAUCCUGGCCCUGAUCGUGACCCAGCUGAGCCUGCACAUCUGUCAGCUGAGGAGGCAAAGAGUGUGGCCCCCAGGUCAGUUGUGCCUUGGGCAGGGGGGGGUCCCCUGCCUGCCUGCUGAUCGCAGCCCCUCUGCAGAGACCCAGCUCCUGGAGGCCCCGCCACCCCUGCCCGAGGACACCUGCAGUUGCCAGUUCCCUGAGGAGGAGCGGGGCGAGCGGCUGUCAGAAAACAAGGGCCACCAGGAGGACCUGUGGGUGUGA